UUCUUUCUAACCUUUGAUUCCUUCUGGGUUUGCAUCCAUAUCCAGAUAAGGUAACCUUGGUGGAACUAAUCUAAUCGUGUUGAUUACGAUGCUUCAAUAGCACAGUGACAGUGGUAGGGGUCCCCCCACAAACAUUGAGGUGCCAGACUGCCAGUUUCGCAGGUAGGUGAAGAUCGAAAAUGUAAACUCUGCGCCCAACAUAAGCCAUGCCCAUGAGAGCUCAGGGUCCUGAAAUUGGAACAGGGUCGACCUUGUUUGAGAGUCCCAGUAAACACCACCACCAUACCUGUGCAGUGGAAGAAGAUGAAGACACGGGUAAUGGUAAUGAGAUGCUGACAUCAGCAUGUCUGGUUUUGGGUUUGGUUUGGUGCAAUUCCUUUGCUGUUUUUGUGAUUGAAGUCAAAAAGGGGCAGUCAAGCAAGCCAAAAAUGAAAAAUGGAAAAAUGGAAAAAAUGAAGAAAUCCUCUAUGCCACUUUGCUUUAGCUUGGGUUGCCCCCACUAGAAAGUGAAAUCACAACCCCAUUGUCUCCUCAGAUUCCCCUUUCUUUUAUGUUUUGAAAACCAAUAAAAAAUCUAGACACCCCUAUUGUUACAGUUUUGGGUGGGUCAUAGAACUCUAUGUUUCAUUUGUCAGGAUUCUCUUUGGGUCUCCCUCUCCUGCUACUAGAAACAAAGAGAAUUAAUGCAAAACACACACCUCCCCCUCCCCCUCCUUGCUCAAUAAAAGAGAAGACACCAGAAACUAGAACUAGAACUACCCUCCCACUCUCUUCUUCUUUACUCACCAACCAACCAACCCACCCACCCUCCUCUUCCAUUCAUUGCCUUUCCUUUUUCUUAUGCUACAACAACACUAAUGGCAAAGAGCCUGCAGGACUCCUCCUCCAAAAGACACUUCCACUGGACCAACAAAGUUGGCAGUGAAGAUGAUCAAGCGCAUGCUGACCUCAAUGAAGAUGGAGUUUCAGUUGCUGUUCCAACUUUGAAGUCCUCACUGUGCAAAGCAGUGUCUGAUGAGGAAGAGAAGAGAAAGGAGGGUCCUCCUCCUCACAAGGUGGUGCAGCUGCAGAGGAGGAAGCUUCAGGCAGCAGCAAUAUCGAGGCUCCGGUCGGUGCUCACCGCCUUUGGGAAGAACCGGUCAGGCCUUCCACUGGGUCUGGGGACUAGAGUUAUAGGGACCCUUUUUGGUUCUAAGAAAGGGCAUGUGCAUUUUUCUCUGCAGAGAGACCCAAACUCACACCCGGCUUUCCUGAUUGAGCUUGCUACUCCGAUUAGUGGGCUGGUGAAGGAAAUGGCUUCCGGGCUUGUGAGGAUUGCUUUGGAGUGUGACAAGGAGAAGGAAGAGAAGAAAACAGAGGAGUCGAAAUCAAUGAAAUCGAAGAGUGGUACUUCAGCUGCUGUGAGGUUGCUGGAGGAGCCUGUGUGGAGGACUUACUGCAAUGGGAAGAAGUCUGGGUUUGCUAGCAGGAGGGAAUGUGGGCCCAAGGAGUGGAAGGUAUUGAAGGCUGUUGAGCCAAUUUCAAUGGGUGCUGGGGUUCUGCCUACUGGGGAUGAAGGUGAAGCUGAUGAGCUUAUGUAUAUGAGGGCUAAGUUUGAGAGGGUUGUUGGGUCCAGAGACUCUGAGGCUUUCUAUAUGAUGAACCCAGAUAGCAAUGGAGCUCCUGAACUCAGUAUCUACUUGCUUCGAGUCUAGCUGAGGUUGGAUUAGCUGCUAUGUGGUUCCAAGUUCUUGAAGAGUAAGCUCUUGUUUAGCUGAAGCUUAGUUCUGUCCUAGUAUAUUUGCUAUUUCUUUUUAUCUUGCUGGAAUAUUUGGGGUGAAAUGGUUACUGGGAUUAUGUCUAUCUUUCAUAUGAUGAUAGUUUAGGUGGGGGGCAAUACAUUAGAACAUGAUGUAGGU